AUGGACUAUUAUGGACACGGCGAUGAGAACUAUAAUGGCUAUAACGAGGGGCAGAUGGGAGCUCGCGGCUAUCGGCCACCUUCAUCGCAAAUCUCAUACGCCAACCGAUCUUCUGGAGCCUCUACCCCCAAUUAUGGGAUGGAUUACGGGAAUGCAAUGCCUGCAGGACAACGAUCACGAGAGCCUUAUCCCGCCUGGACGUCAGACUCCCAGAUUCCACUGUCUAAGGAAGAGAUCGAAGAUAUCUUUAUCGACCUUACAUCGAAAUUUGGCUUUCAGCGAGACAGUAUGCGGAACAUGCUUGCGGCGGUCGCGCAAAAGAAGAAGAAGAAUGAUGAGGAGGGCCAGACUGAAGCUGAAAUCCUUCAAGGACUUGAAGGCGAUGACAGUCUGGAAGCCGCCGAAUUCAGAUGGAAAACACGGAUGAAUCGAAUGUCUCAGCAUGAUCGCGUUCGACAAGUUGCCCUUUACCUUCUUUGCUGGGGAGAAGCCAACCAAGUCCGAUUUAUGCCCGAGUGUCUUUGCUUCAUCUUUAAAUGCGCCGAUGAUUACCUGAACUCACCGGCUUGUCAGAACCUCGUUGAACCUGUGGAAGAAUUCACGUAUCUCAACAACGUCAUCACACCACUCUACCAGUAUAUCCGAGAUCAAGGCUACGAGAUCCUGGACGGAGUUUAUGUCCGGCGUGAGCGAGACCACAACCAAACGAUUGGAUAUGAUGAUUGCAACCAGCUAUUCUGGUAUCCCGAGGGAAUUGAACGCAUUGUGAUGGAAGACAAGACGCGGCUGGUUGACAUCCCGCCCGCUGAGCGCUAUUUGAAGCUGAAAGACGUCUUUUGGAAGAAGUGCUUCUUCAAGACAUACAAGGAAACACGAUCAUGGUUCCAUCUUCUCGUCAACUUUAACCGCAUCUGGAUCAUUCACUUGACAAUGUUUUGGUUUUAUACUUCACAUAAUGCCCCAAGUGUUGUCCUCGGAGACAAGUACAAGCAGCGUGAGAACAACCAGCCUCCGGCAUCACAACAAUGGUCCGUCGUGGCGAUCGGUGGCGCUAUCGCAUCACUCAUCCAGAUUUUGGCAACCUUGGCUGAAUGGGCCUACGUACCUCGACGCUGGGCGGGAGCCCAACACUUGACGAAAAGACUGUUGUUUCUGAUCGCCAUAUUCAUCAUCAACGUCGCCCCUAGUGUAUACGUAUUUGGCUUUAAGGAACCAAUACUCAAGGAGAACAUAGCGAAAAUCCUCGGUAUCGUGCAGUUCUUCAUCGCUGUUGCGACAUUCCUUUUCUUCUCCGUUAUGCCUCUAGGUGGUCUGUUUGGCAGCUAUAUGACAAAGAAUUCGCGUCGAUAUGUGGCUAGUCAAACCUUUACUGCAAGCUAUCCUCGCUUGAAAGGUAAUGACCUGGCCAUGUCGUAUGGCCUUUGGCUACUAGUGUUCGGAACGAAGCUGGGUGGUGCCUAUAUCUACCUGACGUUGUCAUUCCGGGACCCUAUUCGAUACCUCUCCAUCAUGAAGAUCAACUGUCAUGGCGAUAAACUUUUCGGAAAUGUGCUGUGUAGUAACCAGCCCUCGAUCCUCCUUGGACUUAUGGCCUUUACCGACCUUCUCUUCUUCUUUCUCGACACUUACCUCUUCUAUGUUUUGCGUAUCUACUCCAAAGUGCUAGCAACGACGGACAUGGAAAUUAAGUACAAGCCGAAGGUCCUCAUUUCACAAAUAUGGAAUGCCAUCAUCAUCUCGAUGUACCGGGAGCACCUUUUGGCUAUUGACCACGUUCAAAAGCUUUUGUAUCAUCAGGUCCCCUCGGAGCAAGAAGGAAAGCGGACAUUGCGUGCUCCGACGUUCUUCGUUUCUCAAGAGGAUCACUCGUUCAAAACGGAAUUCUUUCCCAAACAUAGCGAGGCUGACCGGCGGCUGUCAUUCUUUGCUCAGUCACUCUCGACACCCAUUCCAGAGCCCCUUCCCGUCGACAACAUGCCAACAUUCACAGUUCUCAUCCCUCACUACAGUGAGAAGAUCCUUCUUUCACUACGUGAAAUCAUCCGUGAGGAUGAGCCAUAUUCUAGAGUCACGCUCCUUGAAUACUUGAAGCAAUUGCACCCGCACGAGUGGGAUUACUCGGCCAAAAGCAAGAUCGAUGACCUUCCAUUCUAUUGUAUUGGAUUCAAGUCCUCUGCUCCGGAAUACACGCUCCGCACUCGUAUCUGGGCCUCUCUUCGCUCACAGACACUCUACCGCACCGUGUCUGGUUUCAUGAAUUACAGCCGUGCCAUCAAGCUUCUCUACAGGGUUGAAAAUCCCGAGGAAGAGAUGGAAAAUGCCGAAUUCCUGCUUCGUGCGUAUCCUGACCUCCAAAUUGCAUACCUUGAUGAAGAGCCUCCGCUCGUGGAAGGAGAAGAGCCUCGUUUAUACUCUGCGUUAAUCGAUGGCCAUUCUGAAAUCAUGGAAAACGGCAUGAGACGACCUAAAUUCCGUAUCCAGCUUUCCGGGAAUCCUGUCCUUGGCGAUGGGAAAUCUGACAAUCAAAACCAUUCCUUGAUUUUCUAUCGCGGAGAGUACAUUCAACUCAUCGACGCCAACCAAGACAACUAUCUCGAGGAGUGCCUGAAGAUCCGAAGUGUCCUCGCCGAGUUCGAGGAAAUGAAGGUUGAUAACACGUCUCCGUAUACCCCAGGCGUGAAGAACCCUGCGAAAGCGCCAGUCGCUAUCCUUGGUGCGCGCGAGUACAUUUUCUCGGAGAAUAUUGGCAUCCUCGGCGAUGUCGCUGCCGGAAAAGAACAAACAUUCGGAACCCUGUUUGCGCGCACACUCGCCCAAAUUGGCGGUAAACUCCACUAUGGUCUUCACCUCAAUGAGGAUAUCUAUGCCGGUAUGAAUGCAGUCCUCCGAGGCGGCCGAAUCAAGCACUGCGAGUAUUACCAGUGCGGUAAAGGUCGUGAUCUAGGCUUUGGCUCUAUCCUUAACUUCACGACCAAGAUUGGCACUGGUAUGGGAGAACAGAUGCUCUCACGCGAAUAUUAUUACCUUGGCACCCAACUUCCUCUUGACAGAUUCCUUUCAUUCUACUACGCACACGCCGGCUUCCACAUCAAUAACAUGUUCAUUAUGCUAAGCUACGGAACGCGGAGUCUGGAGAGCCGGAACACGCCUCGCGAAACAGAUUUUUCGUUCUCGCUCUUUUUCGAAGUGUUCGUGACACAGAUCUAUGCCAACUCGGUGCAGCAAGACCUGUCCUUCGGUGGCGCUCGUUAUAUCGGUACCGGAAGAGGCUUCGCAACGGCGCGUAUUCCGUUCGGUGUCUUGUACUCGAGAUUUGCGGGCCCUUCGAUAUAUUUUGGCGCCAGACUGCUCAUGAUGCUGCUUUUCGCCACGGUCACUAUGUGGCAGGCAGCGCUAACAUAUUUCUGGAUCACAAUCUUGGCGUUAGUCAUUUCACCAUUUUUGUUUAACCCUCAUCAGUUUGCAUGGAACGACUUUUUCAUUGAUUACCGCGACUUCCUCCGAUGGCUGUCCCGAGGAAAUUCAAGAUCUCAUGCUUCGUCGUGGAUUGCGUUCUGUCGUCUCUCGCGAACCCGAAUUACUGGUUACAAGAGGAAAACGUUAGGGGAUCCGUCAGGGAAGCUUUCUGCCGAUGUUCCACGAGCCGCCCUUACCAACCUCUUUUAUGGUGAAAUCCUGGUGCCGCUAUUUCUCGUGGCGGUAACCGUAAUUCCUUACUUAUACAUCAAUGCCCAGACUGGUGUAAGUGAGGAAGACACACCCGGCCCCACAAGCUCGCUUCUCAGGCUAGGCAUCGUUGCUUUCGCCCCGAUCGCAAUCAACGCCGGAACCCUAGCCGUUCUCUUCUUCAUGGCCUGCUUCAUGGGGCCUGUUCUCAGCAUGUGUUGCAAGAAAUUUGGGAGUGUCUUGGCGGCUAUUGCCCAUGGUGUAGCUGUUGUGAUGCUCUUAAUCUUCUUCGAGGCCAUGUUUCUCUUAGAAAGUUUCAACUUUGCCAGGACCCUGUCAGGAAUGAUUGCGGUCGUCGCUGUUCAAAGAUUUGUCUUCAAGCUCAUAGUCAGCUUAACUCUGACCCGCGAGUUCAAGACUGACCAGGCAAAUAUUGCUUUCUGGACCGGAAAGUGGUACUCGAUGGGCUGGCACUCAGUGUCACAACCAGCCCGCGAGUUCCUAUGCAAAAUCACGGAACUGAGCAUGUUUGCUGCUGACUUCAUUCUUGGGCACAUACUCCUAUUCAUCAUGUUACCAAUCAUUCUCAUUCCCAAGAUCGACACCGUUCAUUCAAUGAUGCUCUUCUGGUUGCUCCCUAGUCGUCAAAUUCGUCCGCCUAUCUAUUCAAUGAAGCAAACCAAGCUGAGACGUCGGCGUGUCUUCCGCUAUGCAAUCCUAUAUUUCGUCAUGCUUGUCGUCUUUGUCGCCUUAAUUGUUGGGCCUGUUGUAGCUGGUGACAAGAUUCCAACCGACUCUAUCACCAUCUUGAAUGACUUUGAUCUCAUGCAGCCUGCCGGUCAAGACAACAACGACACUACGGCCGAACCAACUGGUGGCCCUGCCGACUCCACUGAUGAGGAUAAUGCAGACGAGGAAGAUCUGGAUCUCGACUCUAAGCUGAAAUUCCUGGUCAUCUAA